AUGACCCUCGUGAAGCUAUCUAUUCUGGCCUCCUACCUUCGUUUCUUCACUGAAAAGAUAUACAUCCGGCUAGCAUGGCUACAGGUCGGCCUGGUUCUUGCCUGGUUUGUGGCUUUCAUGGUUCUCAUGCUCAUUGCUUGCAUCCCACUCUCAAACUACUGGAACUCCUUCUUGCAAAAAGGUUGCAUGGAAGAAGAAUAUAGAUUGCUUCCAGGCAUUUACUCCAACGCUGUGAUGGACGUUAUGAUACUUGUCACUCCUUGCCCUGCGCUUUGGAAGCUACAUCUACCAGUUCGGGACAGAAUUGUACUCAUUGUGAUGAUGUGUUUGGGUUUCAUGUAUGGCUCUCAAAUCUCUGAUCCUUUACUUUUUUUUUUCUCUCUUGGGGAAGGAUACAAUGUCUGGGUGUGGACCGACCUCGAAAUCAACCUUGCUGUGAUCUGCACAUCUAUACCCGUUCUUCGGCCGUUUGCACAAAAAUAUUUCCCCAACCUGGGCUUCAAGAGCAGUAGCGCGGGGUCACGAUACGGCAACCGAUGGGGCAGCAGCAACCCUUCCAACGGACUGGGCUCUGGGGGAAUCUACAAGCAGCAGACCAUCCACCAGUUCGUCAGAUCCCGACAGACCGAGGACGAAGACGACGGAGGCUCGACCAUUGCACUGAGCCCGGCGGAGUUCCCUUCAACAAAGACCUAUCCAACCUCGCCUCGGUCCUACGACAGCAGAGCCAACGACGUGCGCAACCCGUCCCGGAGUGGCUUCCGCAACGAACCCGCUUAUAAUGACUAUCAAAAGGAUCGAUAUAACAACUACGUUUGA